CGCAUUGAUAAAGGCAGGCUGUCAACGACGCAAUGGCCCACAGAGAGCUGCGCCACGGUGGGGUGGGUUACAGCAAAAAACACUCAACAGGAACAGUGUCGGCGAAUGCAGUCCCACACACAAGGGCACCGCAGUAGACAGCCUCCCACCAUUUUUUUUGGACAAUAGCGGACGCUGAAAGUCAUCCGUAUCCCACCGGGGGAAAGGAGAAUUUGGCUCACUGCAACAAUUUUCCUUGUCGGGGGAGACGCGUACAAGGGCACACGUCGUUUUGCUACCUGAAGUUAGUCCAUUAUUCCCCCCAUUGGCUGUUUUUAGAGAACCGGUCCGUGGCAUCUUGACAACGGUGUGUGAAGUGUAAAAAGCUGUACGGGAAGGAACCGUCAUCAGCAUGGAGAACGCUCACACGAAGAGUGUGGAAGAAGUUUACAGUUAUUUCUGCGUCAACGAGAGCACAGGACUCUCGCUGGACGAGGUGAAGAGGCAGCGGGAAAAAUGGGGCCUGAACGAGUUACCAGCAGAAGAAGGGAAAUCUUUAUGGGAACUUGUCCUUGAACAGUUUGAAGAUUUACUUGUGCGAAUUCUUCUGUUGGCUGCCUGUAUUUCUUUUGUCCUGGCAUGGUUUGAGGAGGGAGAAGAAAGCAUUACAGCCUUUGUGGAACCUUUUGUAAUUUUACUCAUUCUUAUUGCCAACGCCAUUGUUGGUGUGUGGCAGGAACGCAACGCUGAAGAUGCCAUUGAGGCGCUGAAGGAGUACGAGCCUGAGAUGGGCAAAGUGUAUCGGCAGGACAGAAAGACGGUCCAGCGGAUCAAGGCCAGAGACAUUGUUCCCGGAGACAUUGUAGAAGUUGCCGUCGGAGAUAAAGUGCCUGCCGAUAUCCGUAUCUGUUCAAUCAAGUCAACAACCUUAAGAGUGGACCAGUCCAUUCUGACCGGGGAGUCCGUCUCCGUCAUCAAACACACGGACCCUGUGCCCGACCCUCGUGCUGUCAAUCAGGACAAGAAGAACAUGCUCUUCUCUGGUACCAACAUUGCCGCCGGGAAGGCCGUGGGUGUCGUAGUGGCCACGGGCGUUAACACGGAAAUCGGUAAGAUCCGUGACGAGAUGGCGGCCACCGAGCAGGAGAAGACGCCCCUGCAACAGAAGUUGGAUGAGUUUGGCGAGCAGCUGUCCAAAGUCAUUUCCCUCAUCUGCAUCGCGGUGUGGAUCAUCAACAUCGGCCAUUUCAACGACCCCGUGCAUGGAGGCUCCUGGAUCCGUGGAGCUGUCUACUAUUUCAAGAUUGCCGUGGCGCUGGCCGUGGCUGCCAUCCCUGAAGGUCUUCCUGCUGUCAUCACCACCUGUUUGGCUCUGGGCACCCGGCGCAUGGCCAAGAAGAAUGCCAUUGUCCGGAGUCUGCCCUCUGUGGAAACACUGGGCUGCACAUCUGUCAUUUGUUCUGACAAGACGGGAACGCUGACCACCAAUCAGAUGUCAGUCUGCAGAAUGUUCAUUGUCAACAAAGCUGAAGGUGACAACUUCUCGCUGUCGGAGUUUAACAUCACAGGUUCAACCUACGCACCCGAGGGAGAUGUAUACCAGGAUGGUAAACCUGUGAGAUCCUCCCAGUAUGAUGCCCUGGUUGAGCUGGCCACCAUCUGCGCCCUGUGUAAUGACUCCUCGCUGGAUUUCAAUGAGGUCAAAGGAGUGUACGAAAAGGUCGGCGAGGCGACAGAGACGGCGCUGACCUGCCUGGUGGAGAAAAUGAACGUCUUUGACACCGAAGUCCAUAACCUGUCAAAGAUCGACAGAGCCAACGCCUGCAACUCUGUCAUCAAACAGCUCAUGAAGAAGGAGUGUACUCUGGAGUUCUCUCGGGACAGGAAGUCCAUGUCUGUGUACUGCACCCCCAAUAAGUCCCGUUCAUCCUUGGGGAAAAUGUUUGUGAAGGGGGCGCCAGAGGGCGUUAUUGAGCGAUGCAGUCAUGUCAGAGUGGGUAACAGCAAAGUGCCCCUCAGCAAAGGCAUCAAGGAAAAGAUCCUGUCUGUAAUCCGUGAGUACGGUACCGGCCGUGAUACGUUGAGGUGCCUGGCUCUGGCCACACGGGACAGCCCGCCAAAGAUGGAGGACAUGAUACUCUCCGACACCGCCAAAUUCUCCGAGUAUGAGUCCGACCUGACCUUCGUAGGCUGCGUCGGCAUGCUGGACCCUCCCAGACAGGAGGUGGCGGCGUCCAUCAAGCUCUGCCGCCAGGCCGGCAUCCGUGUCAUCAUGAUCACAGGCGACAACAAGGGCACGGCCGUGGCUAUCUGCCGCCGCAUCGGCAUCUUCACCGAAGACGACGACGUCGAGCACAUGGCCUUCACCGGACGAGAGUUUGACGAGCUGGCGCCCAACGCCCAGCGUGAGGCCGUGACUCAUGCGCGCUGCUUCGCACGCGUGGAGCCUUCGCACAAGUCCAAGAUCGUGGAGUUCCUCCAAGGAUUUGAUGAGAUCACCGCGAUGACGGGAGACGGCGUGAACGAUGCCCCCGCCCUGAAGAAGGCAGAGAUCGGCAUCGCCAUGGGCUCCGGCACUGCUGUGGCCAAGUCCGCCUCCGAGAUGGUCCUCGCCGACGACAACUUCUCUUCCAUUGUGGCUGCCGUCGAGGAAGGCCGUGCUAUUUACAACAACAUGAAGCAGUUCAUCAGAUACCUCAUCUCCUCAAAUGUUGGGGAAGUGGUCUGUAUCUUCCUGACUGCAGCGCUGGGCUUCCCUGAGGCGCUGAUCCCAGUUCAGCUGCUGUGGGUUAACCUGGUUACCGACGGCCUCCCUGCGACCGCGCUGGGUUUCAACCCGCCAGACCUGGACAUCAUGGAGAAGCCCCCCCGUAACGCUAAGGAGCCUCUCAUUUCUGGGUGGCUCUUCUUCCGAUACUUGGCCAUCGGCGGGUACGUGGGGGCUGCGACAGUGGGGGCUGCAGCCUGGUGGUUUACGCUAUCGGACGAUGGACCCCAGAUCACAUUGUACCAGCUGAGCCACUUCCUCCAGUGUUCCCCGGACAACCCGGACUUUGACAACCUGGACUGCGAGGUGUUUGAGUCCCCCUACCCCAUGACCAUGGCGCUGUCCGUGCUCGUCACCAUCGAAAUGUGCAACGCUCUGAACAGCCUGUCGGAGAACCAGUCCCUGCUGAGGAUGCCCCCCUGGGAGAACGUUUGGCUGCUGGGUGCCAUCUGCCUCUCCAUGUCGCUUCACUUCCUCAUCCUCUACGUGGAACCUCUGCCUGUCAUCUUCCAGAUCACACCGCUGGACUCCACCCAAUGGAUGAUGGUGCUGAAGAUCUCCUUGCCUGUCAUCCUGCUGGACGAGCUGUUGAAGUUUGCGGCCAGGAACUACUUGGACUUGGGUAAACAGCCGGAGAAGUCCGGCGGCCACAAAGGCUGCUCCUUGUCUGCAUGCGCCGAGGGCAUCUCGUGGCCGUUUGUGGCCGUGUCCCUGCCACUGGUGCUGUGGAUCUACAGCACCGACACUAACGUGGCUGCCGUGUUGUGGCCCUGACUGACCAUGCCCCCCCCCGUGGACUCUAACACACGCAUCUAACACAAACUCUGAUACUCUCCAUCUUGAUCUGACAGACAGAUGGACGUUUUUUUAGCAGAGGAGAGCUUGGCGGUUUAGUCAUGGUAGUCAUGGCGACAUCAGGUUUUUUUUUGUUGUUCCAAAUAAUAUUUUUUCAUCGUCAAAUAAGUAUAAUACACUGUAAAAAGUCAAAUACAGGUCAGAAGUACUUCGAUUUGACUAAAAAGGAUUUUUGUUCUUACAAGGCAUUUAUUUAUCUUAAAUGUUCUAUACAAAGUCGACAUCGUACAUAAAAGAUGAGGAGGCCAUUUUGUUGUAGUGUUAUUGUUAUUAUUAUUGCUAAACAGUUGCAUAAUAUUAAAACCUUCAUACAGUCACUUACUGUUCAGUGCCAAGUAAGCUUGAAAAUAAUAACUAAUAAUUAUUAUGAGGGGCUGCAUGGUGGUCAGGUGGUUAGCGCGCGGACCUCACAGCUAGGAGACCCAGGUUCAAUCCCACCCUCGGUUAUCUCUGUGUGGAGUUUGCAUGUUCUCUGGUUUCCUCCCACAUUCCAAAAAACAUGCUAGGUUAAUUAGCGACUCCAAAUUGUCCAUAGGUAUGAAUGUGAGUGUGAAUGGUUGUUUGUCUAUAUGUGCCCUGUGAUUGGCUGGCCACCAGUCCAGGGUGUACCCCGCCUCUUUUCGUGAAGACAGCUGGGAUAGGCUCCAGCACCCCCACAACCCUCGUGAGGAUAAACGGUAGAAAAUUAAUGAAUGAAUGAGUUCUCCUCCUAUGUUGUGUGGAAGUGGUAACUUUUUGGCUUCUUAUUUUCUUUCCCCACCCUCGGCCAUCUCUGUGUGGAGUUUGCAUGUUCUUCCCGUGCAUGCGUGGGUUUUCUCCGGGUACUCCGGUUUCCUCCCACAUUCCAAAAAAAAACAUGCUAGGUUAAUUAGCGACUCCAAAUUGUCCAUAGGUAUGAAUGUGAGUGUGAAUGGUUGUUUGUCUAUAUGUGCCCUGUGAUUGGCUGGCCACCGCCUCUCGCCUGAAGACGGCUGGGAUAGGCUCCAGCACCCCUACAACCCUCGUGAUGAGGAUAAACGGUAGAAAAUGAAUGAAUGAGUUCUCCUCCUAUGUUGUGUGGAAGUGGUAACUUUUGGUAGAAAUUGAAUGAAUAUUGCCCAUGAUCUGAAUGUGUCACAGUGGCCAGUUAUGCUUAUGUCGACAUACGCAGCCAAUCUGAGGGUGUCGACUUAAACGGGUUCUACAAAGGUGUAUUAUAUUCCAUAUGUACUAAGAUAGGAGUGCUUCCUUGAGGUACACAUAGUAGUGCCUGGUAAGAAGAAAUAUCUUUUUAGCCAAAACAUGAGCACCUUGAGUUCAUAUAUUUCAUGUUGUCUUUCUGCGGCGUAUUCAUUUAGGAAUUAGGAGCUUUUCUUCAUGAUUUUUCUGCAUUAGGCGGAGCACAGCUACCUCACUGCUAUUCUAGUAACAUACAUGGCGAGGGUGUCCAAACUUUUUCCCAUCCCGUCACGGGCCGCAUGCAACAAAAUGAAAAGAUGCGGGGGGCCAUUUUUUAAUAUUCUCAUACGUACCGAAAACAAUUCAAUGUUUGACGUUGACGUUCUCUGAUCAAACAUUUGCAAUAAAAGUGACCGUUGUAAUUAGACUUAUUGUAUGACUUAUUAAACGCAUUUAAAAUAUAAAUCAUAAAAUUCCAAUUCCAAGCAUAAAAACUACUGUUACUGUAAUGUUGGGUGCGACACACAAGCACCAGACUUGAUGGCCGAAACAACAGGCUUUUAUUGCAAGUUUGAAUAAGAUCUCUUAACACGGGCUAAUGUUGUAGCCGUAAACCACACCAAGCUAAAUUUCAAUUUUGGCACCCCCAAAAUAUUAAAUAUUUUUAUAGUCUAUAAUUAAAAAAUAUUAAAUCAUGACUGCUGUAAUUUUUUUUUUAUAGUUGAGGCAAUUAAAUGUUUUUUUUUUUAUUCUACACUGGUCGCUAGGUGUUACUGUUACUGUAAUGUUGGGUGCGACACACAAGCACCAGACUUGAUGGCCAAAACAACAGGCUUUUAUUGCAGGUUAGAAUAAGAUCUCUAACACGGGCUAAUGUGGUAGCCGUAAACCACACCAAGCUAAAUUUCAAUUUUGGCACCCUAAAAAUAUUAAAUAUUUUUCUAGUCUAUAAUUAAAAAAUAUAUAAAAUCAUUACUGUAAUUUUUUUUAUAGUCAAGGCAAUUAAAUGUUUUUUAUUCUACACUGGUCGCUAGGUGUUACUGUUACUGUAAUGUUGGGUGCGACACACAAGCACCAGACUUGAUGGCCAAAACAACAGGCUUUUAUUGCAAGUUUGAAUAAGAUCUCUAACACGGGCUAAUGUUGUAGCCGUAAACCACACCAAGCUAAAUUUCAAUUUUGGCACCCUAAAAAUAUAAAAUAUUUUUCUAGUCUAUAAUUAAAAAAAUAUUAAAUCAUGACUGCUGUAAUUUUUUUUAUAGUCGAGGCAAUGAAAUGUUUUUUUUUUCUUUCCAAUGUGCCCCUAAUAAUCUUUCAUAAUGUAGUAUUGCGGGUUCUUUUUUUAUUGGUACAAAAACAACCCGCGGACUGCAAAUGGCCCCUGGCCCAGACUUUGGACAUCCUUCCAAACGCCUUCGUCCACAUUUUGUCACCUCAUUCCAUUCCAUACACACUUUUUUUUUUCUAUAAUUUGAUCAGUCUUUGAAGUGUAAUGUAUAAAUGUGCACAUACUGUACUUGAAUAUACUGUAUAUGAUACUUCACAUGGAAGUGUGUAUAUCUGUACAUAAUAAUAAUAAUAAUAUUAAUAAUAAGCACAGCAGUAGGACGUAUAGGACGUCAUUUUAGUCGGCUUUUGGUGUGCCUGUACCGACGAGUACUUUGAGCUUUUAUUUUUCUAGGUUAUUUCCUGCAAGGACUUCCUUUUUGUGUGUGUGUGUGUGUGUGUGUGUGUGUACACUAGUGUGACCCUGCAUGCCAACUAUACUACCCGUCCAUUUUUGUGUUAUUGCAUCAUUUUUAUGUAUUUUUUUUAAAAACUAGAAUUCAUAAAUUAGUUUAAAGCGCCUUCAUUUCAAACCAACACAUCAUUUCUGCCAUUUGUUAGUAGACUCGUAUACACUUGGUAUGAUAAUAUGUGCAGUGGUUUAAUUCCCGCUCUCUUUUCUCUUUCCAGCCAAGGCCAUGUAGGCCCAAGUCCCCCCCCCC